CGUUCAGUUAGCAGUAGGCUCGUAGCUGCGAGCACAUAUGUUAUACAUUUCCCUCUCUCGUGUGCCCCCUCUCUCUAGUGUGCCCUCUCUCUCUCUUUCCCCAUUGUUCCCUUGGAGUAGUUUUCCAGUUCAUACUAUUGUUAGACAUCGUUAAUCCAAAGCGAUGUCUUUGUAAUGUUAUUUUUGUGAUCUCUGUGAGCGACUAACAACACCGAAUGCCUCAUAUAUAGUGACACCUGAAUAAAGUACUUCGACAUGUCUGAACAUGACCAAAAGGCCUAUGCUACCGAAGACCCUGAAGCCGAUAGAGUGACAGCUUCAGCCGUUACUGACGAUCGAGAUUCAACCGUUACUGGAGAUUCAGCCGUUAACGACGACAGAGAUUCGGCGAUACUGGAGGUGGUGACGAAGCCUGAGGAUCAGCAGGUACGUCUAGAGCCAAUCCCUCCAGAGGAGGAGUCUCUCACACCACGGGCACCUGACCGCGUCGUAUCUGCUCCAGGGGAACCAUGCACCAGCCCCGGUCAGAUCGCAGAUGAUGGUGACUCGAUCGUCAACUUGAACCCCUCUCAAGAUCAAGUACACAGCCAGAGUAUCGUCAAGGUCGAGGAAGGCACAUCUACAGCCAUCGCUCAAGAGCUUAUUCAUUCAAGGCGGCGCCACACUCCCGUCGCUGGAAGCGUCGUAAAUGAUCCCCCUGAGAGUCAAGUCGACCUGGAAGCUCUGCAGAGGGAUGUACUCCAAUAUAGGCGGGAGAAUAAAGAACUGAAACGUCUGCUCGCUCUCUGUGAAGAAAUCUAUCAAUCGUCCAAGUUGGGCUACAAUGGAAAUAUGAACUUUUAAGAACCUUACAGAUCUUGGUUAUAGAUGGAGAACUGGAAAAUUGGCUUUAAAGAUAACGACGCAUUUGGUGACACGCUGUGCAUAAAUAAGUUGAUUUGUUGAUGAAAUUUAAGGACGAAAAUAACAAUAUAUGGGCAUUUGCUUAUCCCAUAUCAGUCGUAAAAUAGCAUGGGCCUAACAUCGACAACCAUUAUGUAUAGGUAUGUAUAUAGCUAUGUAUAUAGAAUUAUGUAUAUGUAUAUAGCUAUGUAUAGGUAAAGUGAUGCAUUUACAUAGAUUUUUUUAAAAUUUAAAUCAUGCCUUACUUUCGAUUUUUUUCUUUUGUUUACUACUAGCCACUGACACGCCAGCCAGCUCAUUAUAUGUCACUUGAUUUGAUUCAAACUGAAAAAAUAUAUAUUUUUGACUAAUGUCAACCAUGCAUUUGAGAGAUCUGCAGUCAUCAAUGUCCUCUUCAGAACUUUAACGUAGAUUUCUAGUUUAAACGUUUAUUUUUAUUUACGCACACUUUAUUAUUGGGCUGCACCCUUGCUGCUUUGCAUAAUUGCCAUCUGGUCAGAGUCCAAUCUGUGCCUUCUGUUCAGAUUGCAAUAAAGCACCACAACUCUUACAGAAUCUUGGUGAACCCAAGUGUUGCCUACCGUGGCUCCUCUGCGAUUCUUCGUUGCUUGUUUGUUUGUUUGUGCGUUUUUUUUUUUUACGUUGUAUGGAACCAGUGGUUAUUCAGCAACGGGACCAACGGCUUUACGUGCCUUCCGAACCAUGACGAGAGUGAACUUCUAUCACCAGAAAUACACAUCUCUGACCCCUCAGUGAAAUUUCCGAGAAUCGAACUCGCGACCGCCGAGGUGGCAGGCCAAGACCAUACCAACCACGCCACUGAGGCGCUUAAUUUUCCUCGUUGCAGUAACCAUGUUGUAACUAUGUCACUUGUAACCAUGUUGCUUACUUAGAUUUACCCUGCUUUUUGCUUCUCAAAGUAUCAUUAAAAAAAAUCAUACUAUUUUG